AUGGAUAUGAAGGGAAUUUUACGAAGCAAUUCUGAAAUUUGGAUGAACAAUUCCUGUGUAACAUGUUCUUGUAGCAAUGGCAAUAUUAGCUGCACUGUAAAUAAUAUCAGUACCGCAUAUGGAAUGUUUACUGUCAAGACAUCUUCGACCUGUGAACGAUGCAGCACUUUGUCCAUCACACAAAAGGCCCUUACCGCUUGUGAAGGUACGAAAAUGUUUAGAUGAAGUCCCCUUUAUAAUCUAUUAACGACGACUGGUCUCACCCCAGCUCCGUUUCUCCUGAAAAUUGAUCCUCCCAAAAGGCUCCAAAACUCCCCCCACCACCACCAUCCAUAGGCGAUAAAUCACUGGCUGCCGUAAGACCUUGAAAUAUCAAAACAGUAACUUAACGAUUUAGUCACUUCUUUUAUGGGUCACAUCGUUCCAAAUGCAUACUCUCCUUGUCUUAAUCGGUCGGGCGUAUCUAAAUCAUCUCGGUUUAAAAGUACAGCUAUAGGACCUACAACAUCGAACUCUACUCACUUUGGAGUGAAGUAAGGGGUUAUUUAUUGUGAUUCGCACCGCAAGAGGGACCGCACGGCUAUUAAUUCUAGAGGCACGGAAGGCCAUGACCGAACAACACGAGAACGAGGAGGAGUGGGUAGAGGCUCGCGAGAGAGAAAACUCUGCAAAGCAGUAGAGAACUAAUCAUGCGUUACUACAUGUAUUGAGAAACCAAACAAUCCCAGUGCAACAUAAGUCUUCAGAUGAUGGAGCUUAAGCAGUGUACUAUUUUCCUCGAUUGAACGGUUAAACGCCGCGAUCCUUCACGGGGCAAAGGACACACACACACACACACACCUAUCCCAUUUGUUCUGUGGAUAAUUGUUUUUAUUUCGGUCAAAACAGAUAGCGAUACUACUCUAAUCUUUUUUUCUGUGUUCACAUUCAGCCUAUCAGAGAGGGAAUUUGUUCAAGUGUAAAGAAGGAAACAUUUUUAUUCGUGAUACUCAUCGCUGCAAUGGAGUACAUGAAUGCCCAGAUGCAUCAGAUGAAACUGGCUGUGACAAUGGUAUUGAGCUUUACAGGCCUUAAACUGACAUUUUGCAUAACUCUUUAAAGAGUUAACCACUUACUGGGCAAAAAUUACAUUUUGUUUUCAUUGUAUUUUGGAAACAAAGAGAAAACAUCAGAGUUGAUUAGCAAACUCUCUACAGAUCAUAACAAUGAUUGAAUUUGGAUGACACAAGAAAUAUAAAAAGAGUCUGAAACGGGUGUGUAGUAAAAACAAAAAAAUUACAAAAAGUCUAAAAUUUUGUUCGUCAGAAAUUCUCGAUGCGUUUCAGCAGAAUAUCGUUUUUGGAGUUCAUACGCUCUUUCUUUUAGAAUGGUAUUAUCUGAGGGUCCCAGGCAAGGUAUGAAGAGGAGGGGGGGAGUACCUACCCUGUAUGAGCCAUACAGGCGAGAACAACCCCGAAGGGUAAGGUUUUGAGCUGUUUUGGUCUGGAAACAGGUAUAGACGGUUUUUAAUGGAACUGCGAGAAAAAUAGAGAAAGGGAAAUAACAUAAGUGUAUCUCUUUUUUUUUUUUUAAGUGUCGAUGAGUUUUAGUGAUUUUUGACCGGUUAAAAAGUGAACGUAAUUGAUGUGGAAACUAGUACAACUUUGAGAAAGCAGGUCUGAGAACGGGUGUGGCGUGUUUUGGUCCGAAAUGAGGCCAGUAAAACCGGACGAUCGGCACUGAUCAAGAAUUCCAAGUAGUUUUCUCCCAUCCCCUCUUCCCCGAGUCUCGUGUUUAUCUUACUCUGCCUAGACUAACUAUGAUAGCAGAGACAAUCUCUGGUAGGGGAGGGGUGGGGAACCAAUCUGCAUCGUUUGAAAGUAAUUUGAUUUUCGUUUUGGUCUUUUUCAGUCCUUUGCAAAGACGAAGAAGGAGAUACGUACCUUAUAAAAAGUAAUGAAGGUUGGCGAGCGUCGAGUUGUCUUCUCUGCCAAUGCAGGAAAGGAAUGCUUGAGUGUCGAAAGAGAUUAGAAAUUAACUUUCCUGGCUACUUUAUUCAUUUGUCUGUCCACGAAGAGAUUUGCACACAGCCUUCAUGCAAUAUUAAGAAGUUCUUAAGCAAAAAAGACGAAUGCAAAGGUAAACAUAUUCAACCGUACAUCUUUAAUCUUACGCAAUGAUCUCAGGUACCUCUUGAAAAAUGCAGCCUUACAGUCGUAAGUUUCCCAUUCACAAUCUGUGUCCAUCCUGUCCAUUCGUAACCACGCUUGUUCUAAUUAGGUAAUUUUUUUGGCUUUGUUUCCCGCUGUUUUUCUCAUCAGGUGUUGAACUGAUAGAGAACGCUGGAAUAGCGUUCAAAGGUCGAAGUUGGCGACAUGGUAAUUGUUCCUUCUACUUCCCUGGGGUUAUGGACACGCGAGAUGUAUGUCCACCAAUGAGCAGACCCAUCUGUUAUGUUUACAAUGGAAACAUCUGCUGUGCUAAGCACUGUCCAGGUAAUUUAUCGCACUUUGAUGUCAAAGCCUGGAAUACGACGUUAAGGAGACUCUAACCCAGACUGCGAUUCAUUUGUGAAUUCAUUUAUACCAAGAAUUAAUUUAUACACGAACGAAUUUCAUCAGUUUACAACCUCUCGGUAGUGGUAUAAUGAUUUAAAUCAAUUACGUAAACUUUGUUAACACAGAGACAAAAAAAAACAAAGACUUACCGUCUGUUAAAUACAAAUUAAUGAGCCUAGUGCCAACUUCAAAAAGCGGAAGGACAUUUCCAAAGGUUGUGAUUUUUUUUGGUAUAGUUCUUCUUGAAAAUCAAACUCCCUUAAAACGAUCGAAUGCAGCAAAUGAGCACUUUUUUUAGCUUUAAAAAACGUGAGUUCAUCUUCGUCUCGAUAUUCAGGUUAUUUUUCCUUUAUUUUCAUUUCUUUCUCAAGAUUUGAAAAACUACCUCACAAAUUUCCGCACUUUUAGGAAAAUUCAAGAUUCUGUUAUAAAGGUGUAUCUAUAAAGUUGAAUCUGUGAUUGUAUUUUCUUUAGGUCUUCAAGAAAUUGCAAAUCACAUCAGAGGGAAUCCUACUCUAUGUCCCAAUGGUCGCCAGCUAACAUCAGCUGACAGUUUUUGUAGAGACCCAAAUAAUUGUUCACGAAAUUUUGACCUCAAAAAUUGUUCAUCAGGUAAACACUUUUCUUAUGUUGUAGGUUCGUUUUGUAUUAUUACUUGACUCAAGAAAACGAUAUUCCUCCACAUAUUUUUAGCAGUUGUAACUGGCCUGUGCCUUUCACUUAGGAGAGCUUCACCUCUUAGUUUUCAUCUCAAGUAUGCUUUUGAUUUUUUUACCGCAAAAAGCCGCCAGGAACUUUUUGCCUUUUGACAUCAAACCUCCAAGAAGCUAUAGAGUCGUUAUAAAUUCAACAGUACUGCAUUGAAGUCCUUGCGGCCUCUAGGACUCAAAUGCAAAUAAAACACGGUUAGCCGCAAGAAGUUCUGCUUGCAGGGGGAAAAAGAAGUUCUUGUACGUGCUAUGAUUUUGGAGGAGAACCCUUAAGGAAACAUGUAAAACCGCUAAAGUUACAACAAAAAUGUCAUAGGGAGGGGAAAAACAGGCCUUGCAUCUUUAUUUCCAUUUUCUCAGUUAAGAAAUUAUGAUUAAUUCAGCGCAAAACCUGAAUUUGUGGUCUCUCUUUCUGUAUCAGAUGUUACUUGUCGGGAUGAAGACUUCAACCAUUACUUUGAAGGCUCAACAUGGCGUGUCGGUGACUGCAUGCAGUGCGCGUGCAAUCAAGGGAAAAUUCAUUGCUCAAGAAAACUACGGCUGGCACCUUUUUCGAAAUUUGGAUACGAAGAUGUUCUAAAAUACAUAGAAACCGACAACUGCAACCAAACAGAGUGCAAUGUGGCGAAAUUUAUGAAAAAGAAGCACAGAGUGUGCUCAGGUGAGUUCACGAAGGAAACCAUGGUUAUUCUUAUGAAAUAUAUUUAAUAUAUACGUGUCAAGUGUACAAAUGCAUUCCAUCAAUGUCAAGAGCUCGUCAGGAGUCAUUUGUUUUGUCUUAUAACGUUAGGAAGAACUAAGUGCACUUGCUUAAUUUUUCAACUCAAAAAAAUAAUAAUAAUCAUAGUAAUGAUAAUAAUAAACUGGGGCUUAUAUUGCGCAAACUAACGUGUGUAUCACUGUGAUCAAAUGAACAUUACAUUUCAGACCAAUUGGAUAUAAAUUUGUCAAAGGUUAAAGAGAACUAAUACCUCAUAACGUUUUAUAAAUUUCUGUACGGAUCUAACUUCAUCUUGUUUCCCUUUGCGGAGAGACUGAUGUAUUUUAAAACUUGAUAGAGAUUAAACUGAGUUCUUUGAUUCGAAGACACGGCGUGUACAAAUAUCGCUCACUAUAUCGAAACUAAUAUCAUUUGGAGUGGCAAAAAAAGAAGCUUUUGAAUAGGAGGUCAAUAAAUAAUUUUAUUUCUGUGUGCAACAACCAAAAAAAUUUAUAAUUCUACUAGAGCAUUUUCUUUUACACGCAAUGCGUGUGGUGAUUCGCAGUUUGCGUGUUGCGCGCGUGCAGUGCAUGGGUUUUGCAUGCGCGUCAAGCGCGUCUAAUGUGCGGUUCACGUGAAAGGUGCUGUACUUCAAGUCAUACUCAUUCCCGAACUAUAACUAAUUUAAAUAAUUCAUUUAUUUAUUUAUCUCAAAAAUGAAACCAUUUUAAAUAUAUUUAAAGCUUGUACCUGGAAUGGUAAGCUCUAUUACGAUGGUGAUCGCUGGAAAGAAAACGGCGUGGAUUUUUAUUGUAGCUCUGCAUCUCAAAAAGGGAGACCUGGAUGCUAUGUGGAAGCCGGUCGAGUUAACUGCACUGGUGCUAUAUCAGGUUGGUGUCCGUCGAGUCCAUGUGGUACAGAGGAAGAACGCUAUAAACAAACUAAUCGUGUCCUUUCCUGUUUGAACUUCUAAAGUAUAUUUUAACAGGAAGUCUUUCUCUGAGAAAUAUCAUGUCUCUCCAGAAUUAAGGAAUCUGUCCUCAAUAUCUAAAGACAAGCUCUUCUUGUGUGCAAGUGGUGACGAGAUCAGACCGUUUGGUGACAGAUGCAAUAUAGAGGCUAAUUGUGAUGACCAAUCAGACGAGUGGAAUUGUGAUCAUUGUGAGUAGCAUACCGAGAGAGGGAUUUAGAAAGGUAGAAACUCGUACAGGUAUUGACUGAUAAACAAUCGACUAACUAAUUAGUAACAACAUCACAGAGAAACAAGCAGUUGAGCAGAUCUACAGAUGGUUUGGAAAAUGAAGAGAAAGACAACCUUGCUACCACAGUCUUUCCUCCAUACCAUCAGGAGUACCGGGGGGUGGGAAAAGAGAAAGAGCUUAGGAACGAAGUCGACGGAAGAAGACAGAGAGAAACAGACAAACAGACAGACAGACAGACAAAACUACCUGGUAAAAAACAGACAGAUAUUUGGACAUAGUUAACGACAGAUAGGCAGACAGACACAUAGACCUGCUGUCCGUCAGACGGACAGAAAGACAUGCAAACCAAUUGACCCACAGAUAGACAGACAGACAGACACAAACAAUUAAACAAACACCAACCCCGUCAAGACCCUUCCCGCAGUUAUACCACUUUCCUGCAUAGGAUUAUCUUACUUAGUUAUCAAUUUCUUUGUUUACCCAUUCUUUUAAACAUAGUCUCUGAUCUUUAUAUUCUGAUCAUGUUUAACGCAGAUUAUUGCCCCUCUCAGAUGUUACAUGGUGUGAUGUUUACGAGAUCACCACUGUAUACGGAGAUUGUUAAGCAGUGCUCCUCGGUUAACCUUGAGUGGACAGGUAUUUUGAACUGAGAGUGUCAGGGUUCAUAUUACCUUGUAAUGCUUUGUAAUUUACCUCCCUCAAUUCUGUGUGCUAUAAACUUAUGAACUGAACACUGGGUGAAAACAUACAGGUAAUUAAAAAAUUUAUAUUAAAGACGGUGACGUCACUGUUCACUAAAAGCCACAGCAAGGAGAGAAGGGGAGGAGGGUGAGGAGGGGGACGGAGAGGAGGGAGAGGGGGUAAGUAAAGGAAGAAACCUCCUCUUAUACCACUUAACCAAACUGCAUAAACCACAUUUCUUCAAAUUAUGCACAGAUGAUAAAUGGCAAUUACCUUUAACUUAUCAUACAGUUAUUGUUAGUAUUCUCAUGGAAAAUCUUUUUCUCAUGGAAAUUGCACGGCUCAAAAGAGACAAAUGCCUGAAAACUGUAAUUAAGUACGAAAUAACUGCAGAUCAUUCUGGUCAUAAGUCAAACCUAUCUGGUUUCAGGUUCUUUCAGCCAAAAAUGUUUAAGAGAUUCAUAUGUGAUCAAUUGGAUAUGGACAAGUUGCCAAUGUGAGAAGAAAGCUUUAGCGGAGGUCUUACAGCACAAGGUGAGUUUGAUAAAUCCACACCUAUAAAUUCUUCUAUAGUUUCGACGUCAGAGCUCUUUCUGGCUACUCACUAAAUGUAUAAGGCGCCAAGGAGUGAGAGAAGUCUUGUUAUUCAUAAAAUCCACUCUGCAUCCUAAAAAAUACAUGGCUACAAAUUAUAUUUCCCAAUCGAGGCUUCAAAUGGGUGGACAAGGAAUUCUGCCUUUGUUCAAAAUUAUGUUUGAUUGUACCUUAAGACACCUUCUUUAAAUAAAUAUAGAGACCAUCGGCAUGAUUCCCGACGUAAAUACAUGUUGACCAUGUAUCAUAGUCAACCAAAUUUUUGAGAAGCAAAGCGUAGCUCCAGUCAUAUCUUGAAGAAUAUAUCAUGAGGGGAACUUGGAUGAUAAAAGUUAGUCCUCCUCUAAACCAAUUCAUUUUUUAACCGCCCUAUGUUUUGACAAUCCUGUGACCUUCCUUAAGCGCAAAACUUCUUGAAAGGCCUUUAUUAAUGGCCCAGGCCGGGCCCGUUCCUUGAAUAUCCCGGUAACUAAACGGGCCCGAAGCCAUAUUUUGAAAUAAAAUUUAAAAGAAUAGAGAAGCAGGUUCUAGCACCCUAACCAGCCCAAUUUGUUUCUUUAGCUGAUAGUUUUAUUGUAUAAUUCGCAAAACUUUUGAGACUCCAAUCUUGAAUGAAAACAGAACAGUUUUACAGGCCCGUUAAGUAACUGGGACUUCGAAAAACCAAGACACGGAUCCAAUAUGGUACAACCUCGAGUUCAUCCAAUCGAGGCUGACUGGUAAAUUGCCUGCAUACAGCGAGCAAAAUAUACCGAAAAAAAGUUUCCAUCUUUGACUUACUCUUGACCGGAUUUUUAUAAUUAGUUACUAAGGAAGACGAGGUUCUCGUUUGUUUUGCAUCAUUUUUUCGCGAAAUUUAAUGUGCAGCCAUCGAAUUCUUCUACUGUAACCAUUUUCCUGGCUUGAAAUAGACAACUGGAGUAACGACUAAUAAUCCAACAGAGAUUCAGAUAAGUUAUCUUUAAUUGUGCAUGUUGCUCUUUUGUUGUGUAUUUCUGUUAAUCAGGCGCUAUUCCUGUCCUCAUUUUAGAUGUCUAGUGCCAACGAAACCAAUUUUACAGCAGUUUUAAAAGAGGUGGUCCAGUUUGCAGAAGAAGGAAAUUACACAAACCCUAAAGUUUUCCAUGAUCACCUCAAAGACUUAUUCCACAGUACAACAAAAUUACUUACGCCACUCACCCAAGAAAAUGCUGAUUUAGCCCUCCAGUAUUGCCAGGUAAAAAUGCAAACGGUUAAAACUUUGACAAUCUACAAUACACAGCGGCGUGUUACAGUGACAUAAAUGGAGACGAAACCAGUUCAAAUGAAGAUCACUGAACUUUGAAUUUGAUGCAACAUCGCCAAAAUAUUUCUUUAUUUUCUUUACCCGAGUCAUUGAAAAGACCCGAAAUGUAUUUUUGACAGCAGGUAAUGUAACUUUUUUUCUGAGAGGGGAGGUAUUGAGGAAGUUCGACUCUUAAGCUCUCUUGUUGUUUGUAUUAAACCAAAGUAGUCACAGCAGCCAAUCAGAGGGAAGGAAAAUAUCACAAGGAGCCCACGGGAAACGCGGGAAAACGCGAGUGACUAAGCCGCGCUUGGUCUUAGUUUUGAAUCUGAUUGGUUGAAAUAACAUAGCGAAUUAAGGCAAAACCAAUGCAACCAUGCAUUACUUUCAAAGCUUAAUUAACACUUGCUCGACACAAGUAGUAGGUGCUUUUGCUUCCGACUGAUGAGAAAUAUUCUAAGAGAUCUUCUCAGCUCGCUAUUGAAUAUUCGUGCCGCUUUGUUACUGUCAGUCUUCAAAUCAGUGUAUUUUUGACAACUGAGGCUUUUGAUAAAUAAUAGCGUUUAAAUUUAAGAUAUUUUAAAAAUGACAACAUACAAUAAAUCAUUCACCUUUUUAAGCCUCAUUCACAGGCGUUGUUUGGUCCUGUCACACAACGUGUCAUUCCAGAUCAACUAGUGGUAACGAGGGAAGAAUGCGUUGCGUGACCUGAUUAAACAACAGCUACUGGGGAAGCCCAACAACUUUCUUUUUUGUCCCUAUGGUUACAGCUCAUUAUCAACGCUGUUUUAUACUCUCCUGUUUACGAUCAAGAUCCAGUAUUUUGUCGGCUUGUAAAGGUAAGCUGGUAAUAAUUUCUUUACUACCAUCCGGUAUACAAGAUGUGGUAAAUGGUACGUAUAUAUAUAAGAAAAACAAACAAAUAUGAAAGAAAAGGGGCAGGAAGAAAACGAUAAAAUAGGAACAGAGACUGAGAAAAGGACAAAAAAAGAACUUAUAAUUAAAAAUUAAGUGGCUCCUUGAAGUAAAAAGGACUCCAGGAGGUUAUUUUUAAGGUUUCUCUCGUGAUUGCAGUACAAAGCCAUUUCUCCCUAUUAUUUUUGAUCCAGCAGUUUUAGGGGCAAAGAGAAGCGUGUGGGGAAUUGAGUGGAGUCUACCACUAUAGCCUAGGCUGAGGCGGUAACAAAAGAUGCGAAAAGAUAAAACUCUACUAAAGCACUCUUUUUAAUUUUUUUUCCCUUUUAGAACAAUGAACGAGACAGACUGAUAAUGAAGGCAUUUGAGUUUCUAAGUCAGGCACCGCAAAAUACCACAGCGUAUCAGUUUGGAUUAAGAGGGCUAUUUUCUCUUUUUAGAGUAAGUCAAAUCAUUCUGUUAAACUGAUUAUUCAGGUUCCUUCUUGCUCUGUCUGUUCCGUGGACGUAAGUUCCAUUGAGGUAAAAUUAAAGUAGGAGAGGCUAUAUUAUCAUAUGACCCGCACAGCCGUUUGUGUAAGACAAAAGAAGACCGUCCUGCGCUCGGUCCAGUUCAUGACCUCGAGCAAAAUAUUUUCCCGUAAGGCCCUUCCACUCAGUUAAUAAGUGAAUAGUCCGGGAUACCUCAUGACGGGGUCAGUAGUAGGGUUUUUACAUGUUAUGAGCCUGUAAUCAGAAAGUCGCAUUAGUGGAGAUGGGAGAGGUAUUAAAACAGGUAUAGAUUUGCUUAAAUUAUAUGAUAAGUUCAAUUUUACACGCAUAUUGAUAUUUUUUUCCCCUUACUGGAGGACAGACGCAUAGAUGACGUCAUCGUUAGCAAUAUCUUGCUUUUUAUAUCAUAUAGAAUAGAUUGAUUCCAUGGUGCCGUGCGUCUGUACAGUAAUAGAUCAAUGUGCUAUCAAUGUGCUAUUUUUUUUGUAAUUACUAUAUAUUGUCGUCGUCUGAGUCUAUACAGUAAACAGACGAAUAACAACAUAGAAUUCAUUUGGUUAAAUAGAUUGCCCUUUUGAUAAGUUCCAGAAUGACUCAAAAUGAUUGUUCAUGUGUUUCAGAAAAAUUACUUAAGCAUUGGAAAUUGUACCAAUUUUUUUCUUUUUUUCUUUCAUAUUUUUCAGUUUUUCGGCGUUAUCAAAUUUUGACCCAUCCUCCCCAGUCAUCCGGAGACUAAAAACGGAUCUUAAGGUGAAAGUGUCAUCAAUACCACAAGCUGGCACGAACGUUGAUAAUCCUGUUCAGACAAAAACUGGUAACAUUAACAACAACACCAAACAAGAAAAUGCCGCGAGUUCAGAUACAUCAAACAUAACGAACACGCCUGGGGUAAGUAAUCUAGAUGGAGGGUCCCCGGAAUAGCUCGAGCCGAUUGAACUCAAGCUUCACAAAUUCUAGAAACGUUUUCGUCAAUCCAAUAUAAAACGUGCAAGGCAGAUGGGAAGAAAUCUAUCCGGAACGUUUUCAAUUCUUAAUCAAAGAUUUGUGGUGGUCCCGAGUUAGCUGAUGGUGUCAACAUCCUAGGCACGAAAUUCAAUAUACUACGUAAUAAAAAAACAAAAACUAGUACUGUUCUAAAUGUGAGAGCAAGACCGCAGGGCGGGGGAGUUUGCUCAGCAUAUUUUAAAUCAAGAAGGUGUGGAGCUUGCCAAUCACGCGGAAAUUAAUAGAGAACUGCAAAUAGACUGUUGUCCUUGAAAGUUUACUUUUCUUUCGUUUGCUGUUUUGCAAAGACGAGCAAAUUGGUUACACAAAGUAUCAACUGUUAAUGUUAGUGAGCUCAAAUUAUCUUCCUGGUCCUCCAAAAAGAGGACUGGGAAUGGCGUUUUAAAUCAUUUUCUUGAAUACUUUGCAGGGAUGAGGAGAGGAGUUGCUCCCUUAUCCUCUCCACUAGCUAAGGCCUUUAAGGUUGAAAGGCCACGGCUGCAGAGAAACGCCAACUGACGCAUCAACUGUUCCGUUUUCCAGUGUAUAAAAUAAGUUGUGGGUCCUUUGAAAUUGUAGGUGUACAAUUUUAGACUCGAUGGGCGAGCUUUACAUUGCCAACCACUCUUAACUCCGUUCAACUGAGUUCAUUGAACAAGAAGUUGACAAACAAUUCAGAUAUAAAUCACAUGUCAACUUGGCAUUGUUACUUCAAAUUUUGCCUUACCCUUCAGAAUAGUGACGUAACGGGCCAAGCAAGGGAGGAAACGGGGAUAGAAAAUUGCUCUGCAGUGACAUUUCAUGAGGUAACACGAAGAAAAUGUUCAACUCAGAGGAGAAUUUAAUUAAGGAUUGAAAUGAUUUUCCUUUAUAUUACUCCUUGAAUUGUCUAGAAAACGUGUGCUCUCCUCUCUGUAAUCAAUUACGAGCAAAAUUCAAAACUAUCUGAAAUGUGGAUAAUUUAGAGAUAGUAGUGCUCUGACGAAGGGCUAACGCUCGAAACGUCAGCUUUGAAACUCUUCACGGCGGCCAAUUUACGUUAUCAACUCAGAUGAUAAUACUAAAUUACCCUGUUAUACUCUCCCACCGACGCAGCACCAUAGUUUCUUUAGAAACUUACCCCUUUAUUUAUCUGAAGUCUGAUUGGCUACUUUACUCCGUAUCUAUUCUGUCAAAGACGGCGAGGAAAGUGAGUAUCAUAACAUUGUGUGACUGGAGAAAUAAAGAGAAGAAAACACUAUAAACAGAAGCCUUUCCUGUGGUUAAUUUUUUAAAAAGACAGUAGAAUGAUAUUUAGAUAAAUAGUUUAUUUCAUCUAGCCUUUUAUUGCCUUCUCUCAAUUUCGGCUGAGCCCUCAUCAACUACCAGGAGAUAUGAACCCGAGUUCUUAAAUUGGAUUUUUUAGGGUUCUGUUCUGCAAUCACUUGAGUUGUGGUCCACCUGCGAGGAUCAUAUCUUUGCUUGAUUUCCAUGAUCAUCUGCUGGUCAAAAAAAUUAUUUUUCAUCAAAAGUUGGUAACAAGAUCUUUUUCUAGAACCUUAAGUUUAUUCGUCUCCUUUGCCGUCGUUUUAUGGGAUGUCCUUCUAUGAAAUACUAACCCAAGUAAUAGAAUUGAUCCAGUUUUUUGUCUAUUAUUUACCCAAUUACUUCUAGGAAAAGAUGAUUUUUACCUAUACUCCACCCACUUCAAAAGAAAUCAUAAAGCACUACGAAAUUCAAAGUCGCAUGGAGUUAGUGCUUAUGUGCAUUUCUAUGGCAGCGGUGGUUCUUGCACUCGUACUUCUUACAUAUCUGAGGUAAGUUCCAAAUGAAACUUCGACAUUUUUUUCAGUUGACCUUUUAAAACAGAGUGGCCACAACUCCAACCACAAUUCACAAUUUCACUGAUGCUUUCUUCUUUAAUAGGAUAAGGACCACUGAGAAAAUUUUCAUCCACAAAAAUCUCCUCCUUUCACUUGGGCUUGGAAAUCUUGUUUUUGUUCUGGACAAAACUCUAUUUGUUACACGAAACGAACACUCGGUAAGUACAAUACAUCGCAGUCAUCACAAGUAUAACAUCCUUUGUAGACAGGAACACUUUGUUGAACAUCAACGAGGGAUUGUCAAAGAUUUGCUGUCUUUCUGCAUUUUUCUCAUAUGUAAAACUAUGGAUCGGUUAUUGAUUCCAGAUCAAAACAAUGAGCAAGUUUAAAGGAUAAGUUAAGUGCUACUUAUUUCCAUGUCGGGAAUGGUUUUUGCCCAGUUCCUUUGGAAUGGGGACUGAAGUUUCUAGAAACCUUUCUUUUAUACAGACAUGAAAUUCCCCUCGAAGAGGGAAAAACACCUAUAAAUAUAUAUGUAUAUAUAUAUAUAUAUAUAUAUAUAUAUAUAUAUAUAUAAUUGUGGGAAAUUGUAGCAAAUGCUGUUGGAAAGUGCUCAAUACACAUGAGUGUAGAGCGAAAUACAGUUCAAAAUGACUAAAAUGAAACACUCAUGAUUCUCUGUAACUCUGAAUUUCGUGCUUAUGCACUCAUCAGACAGAUUCUGACGAGUGCGUAAGCACGAAACUCAGAGUUACAGGGAAUCAUGAGUGUUUCAUUUCAGUCAUUUUGAACUGUAUGUAUGUAUGUAUAUAUAUAUAUAUAUAUAUAUACACAUAUAUGUGGUUUUUUUAGGCUCUAUGUUCGACAGUGGCGGUCGUUCAGUUUUUUUUACACAUUGCGCUGUUCACGUGGAUGCUUGUUGAAGGGAUGAAUCUUUACAGCAAGCUUAUCGUGGUUUUCAAUACUCCCAGACGAUAUGUCACCUACUUGGCAAUAGGAUGGGGUAAAUAUACCAGUUAUGCAAUUAUUAUAUCUAUUAUUCCAUAAGUGCGCGUCUGAUGUGAGAUGAUAAACAGUCAACGAGGCUGAUAGGACUGAGUCGUCUAUGAUCAUGUCAUAUCGAACAAGCGCGAGUGGAAUAGUUGUCUCAUUAAAAACGCCCCAAAAUGUAGAUAAAUCUUACCAACUUUAUUUUGUUACAAUAAACGGAAUGUCACGAUGUACAAAAACACUUUUGUGAGAACCCAUGAUUGCCAAAUGAAACCUCUUGAAUUACGACAUGCACCAGCAUUUUCUACCACGAGAAAGUAUUGCAUCAUUAUAAUAUUUCAUGUUUGCAAGUGAGGUGAGACAUGCCACGGCAUAAUGCCAAAUGCGCACAUACUUCAUCUUCAAUGAAUGUCGAACGCACAAAUGCUUUCCUAAAUUCUGAUUGACUGUGUUCUUUUGCUGCAAGGAAAAAAAAUUGAAAUUAUUCUAAAUUUCGUCUAAUAAGAUAUUAAGCAUUAAAAAUUCAGCGUGCUAAAGCUCAAACUUAGGCUCCAACCUAACGAAAACAUAAACAUAAACGUUUAUAUCCAGACUCUCUUUGUUGUAUUCCUCAAGGAAUCCCAGCAGUCCUUGUGGGAUUGAUAGCAGCUGUCAGACCCAGUACCUUUGACAUGGGUAGCGCUCUGUAUGUGGACAUACAGUGUGGCUCACUAAGCCUUCAAGCUGAGAUCGAACGAACAAGGUAAGUUAGAUAUCUUAAAGUGCACAGAUCAAAAAAAAUAAACCGUUUAAGCUUAGACAUAUGGCCAUAAAAUCGAGACAAACAGACUAUGAUAUUUUGGCAGGUGUUGGCUAAACGGAAGUCUCUGGAUAUACAAAGGACCAGUCUUGGCCAUACUUGUGGUAUGUAUUUUUUCCCUCUUAAAAUGUAUUUCCUUAGUAAUACGGCUAAAAUACAUUAUUAAUCAGAGAAAGUUUUAAUAUGGUCUUACUUCGAUAUGAACAUAUUUUCUUUCAGUUUCGUUUUUAUCUUCAUUAAUAUUUUCGUCACCGUCGUUGUCCCCUAACUUUUAUAGCCUGGAUAUUACUUAGAUGAUCAAUUUUAAAUCUAAACCUACAGAGGAUGAUUAAUAAAAUGCCGGAAACAUUUGCAAUGCUUGUGCAAAGUGAUACUAAUUUUACAUUUGGAGGGAGAUGGCCGGAUGUCGUCACAGUAAUCGAUGACCCUUUACGCCUUAACUUUAGUAUGCAUAUUCGCUGCACUAUUAUCUUAAAAUUUCUUGUGGAACUAAAAGGGAGAGUUUGUUUAACAACCAAGAUCUUCUUUAGUAGGCGCUGGAUCAUUUCCUUUAUUCUUAUAUCCGUAGUGUUGUUAUUCAGGAGUGUUACUGUAAGGAGAAACUUGAUGCUAAACACUCUUAAGGAGUAAAGGGUUAAAUGCAUGUGAUGUUUUUGCUUAAGUCUAACUGAUCUUUUUCUCGAGUGAACAUCUGAGGAAAGAAAACAGUAACUGAUAAACUGAUACAUAAGCAAAGGCGUUUUCCCCGUCCGCCCCUCAAAAAGUUCAAGUUCCUUAAACUUUCCUUAUGAAAUACAAGGAAAAAAGAGGGGGUGUUGGGCCCUAAAACUCCCUUUACUUAACCUUCCGUGUACGUCAUGUAAAAGUUCUGUACGUACCUAACGCCGAACGAGUAUUGCUCCCAGGCUCCUCGGUGACUUAUUGCGGUUUCGCUGACGUUGCUGAACCUUCAGGCUUAGCAUGUGACUUUCCAACGGCUUUUUGGCCCUUUUUUUAGUUUGAUAUUAACUGUUAGCUGAGGAUGAGAAUUAAAGCUAUUCUGAGAGUUUUAUUACGCCGAUAUUCAAAAAGAAAUGGCAAUUUGAGAAUUUUUAAUGAGCUAAAUUCUUUUCCAGUUUUGCCAUGUGCAAAAACAUCAUAUGUAUUCUUACAGUUUUUCCAUAUGAAACCUCUCUUCAUCUCCUCACCUGUACUCACCAGUUGCAGUAGAGGAUAUAGUAGCUACUCUUUCCAGCUGUUAUUCUUUCGCGCAUUUUGAACUUUCAAUAACAAAAUCCCGUUUGAACUUGCAGAUAAACUUGAUAAUGUUUGUGAUUCUUGUGCGUGUGAUUUUUGGGAAAAUUUCCACAAGAUUUGGCAAGGACCGUCUCAAUGUCGCAAAGUAAGUUUGAAUCUACAGAGAUCACUUCUGACUAAGUUGAUCGUGAGAACGAUCAAUGUAUCUUUGAUUUUCCUUUAGCUUUUUUUAGUUUGGUUUCAUUGGUUUGGAUUCCUAUUGAUUUUACAGGCGAAGUGCCAAAAGCAUUUUUGUUCUCCUUCCGUUACUCGGUGUGACUUGGAUAGUGGGAUUUUGUGUGGAGUUCCACUAUGUUCUUGGAUACGUGUUUCUAUGUCUCAACUCCACACAGGUAUUCACAUAGUGAAAGGUUUAGUAUCAUAUCAGUGGUAACACGUGGAAAAUCUAGAGUGUGCUAUAUUCACGUUACGUAUGGCACAUCGCGCGCAAAAUAACGUAGCGCAUUACAUUAUUAUAACAACCAUACUUAGUGCAAACUCAAAGAAUAUUUGUCUGAACCUUUGACUCCCGUGAGUGACCAAGACAGAAUUUCUCCUUACAAUAUCAAUACAGUAUCAAGCAGACAAGUGAUGAGAAUAAAGAAAAAUAUCGAUUAGGGGAUUAUUAGUUGAUCCAAAACCAAAUUCUCCGAGCUAACAUCGUAAGAGUUGUAUGGCAGACAGUAGGGAGAAUUGCAAAUGAGACCCUGGGAGUAAAAGGGUUAAGAGGCCUACUGGUCUACCAGGUCUGCUAUUUGUUCAUUCGUGAUCCAGGAGAACAGAAACUUUUCUCUGGCUGGGAGCAUUGCGAAGGAUCAUUUCCCCUUAAAAUGAAAAACUAAUAUCCCAGUCCCACGGUUACCUUCUGGCAAAUCAUUUCCUCGUCCUUUUACCAAGUGCCUACCACGCAGGUUAGUCUUAUUUACGUUUUUAGACUGAGGUUUUGAUUUCCCACAGGGUAUCAUGUUUUUCAUCUUUCACUGUGUGUGCGAUGACCAGGUACGCUAUUUAUUUACUUAUUUAUUCAUUAAUUUACCUUCCUAACUUUUUCAUAACAAAACAUAUGCAUAUGUCAAAACUGGAAAAAAAUUUAACUUCUUGAAAAUUGUCACACUCCCAUUUCUUUUUUAAUAUCGACGUAACAAAUCUCUCGGUAUAGGUUCUAGUCUCAUCCCCAGAUUACAGUCAAUAUCAAACUCUUAGGUCCAACAAGCCAUAAAAAAGUUAUAUACCAAGCCUGAAGGUUCAGCAACGUCAGAGAAACCGCAACAAGUCACCAAGGAGACUGGGAGCAAUACUCGUUCGGCGUUAGGUAUGUACAAAUCUUUUACAUGACGUACAGGAAAGUUUUAGGGAGGGGAGUGUGAAAGCCCGGCCCCUCUUUUUUUUUCCCUUGUAUUUCAUAAAGAAAUUUUAGGGAAUCUGAACUUUUUGAGGCGGGGGAAAGAAAAACGCUUGUGCUUACGUAACAGUUAAUUUCUUACGGUCUUCUUGGAUGUUUUGGAUUACCCGUAACCUGUUUAUUUAUCGUAUUUAUUAGUCUCCUAUCUCCCUUUCACAUUAUUAUCAUCAUAAAAGCCUCUCUGGAGGUUUCUGUAUCGUGCCUACACCCUUUCACGACGGGGUACAAUACUCUCGGUUCCUUCAUGCUGCAUAAACAAGGAUAACCGCCCUGCCUGAAGGACUUUAACCAUGGCGAUUACAUAGACUGCAAAACCAGAUGAAAGCUUUUACCAAGUUGUUUUCUUAAAGCAUUGCUAAUUUGAGUUUGUCAUUUUCGUUAAAUUUUCCAAAAAAUUCUAUGUAAAAUUUUCGCACUAAUGCAAUGGUACAAAACUAAGAUAAUUUAUCCUUUGGAAAUUUAGAAAAACUACAUGACUCCUCUGAUCUGUUGUGAUCAUUUUGCCUAAACAAACUCUAUUGACCAACUAUUGAGUAUUGAGUAUUGAGUAUUGUGUAUUGUUUCCCUUAGGAUUGCUUUAGAUGCAAGGAGACAUAAGGACAAUCACAUCACAGGGAGCCUGAGUUUGAAGCUGAAUUAAAGCCCUAUCAGCAAUAUAGCUUAAACAUGUAAAGCAUAAUGUAGUGGGUUAACAUCAAAAUAGCAAACGCUUAGCUGGCGCCGAGAUUAUAUAGGAGAAAACCAAAGCUGUAUAUUUAAGAAUGUAGCAAAUAGAAAUCCCAUUUUGUUCUUUUACGUAAAGUAAGAUCGACAUAUACCUCAUAUAAAUACAAUUUGAUUUCAGUCUCUCCUAGAAUUAAUUCAUAUGUAGCAUCUUUUUAUAUAUCUCUGUGGAACGUUGUUUACAUUCCAUCAUUCUGAUUUUCUCAAAGCCUCAAACAUACUGGGAGGGUGAUAUAAGCGGUUUAACAAAUGAGGACAAGACUAACAAGAUUGUUUUAAUGCAAAAUUCUCCAAAUAAGAAUCUAUAUAUUUAUCGUAGUAAUUGAACUUUUGGUAGAUUGAGAAGGAAACAGCAUGAUAAAAAAGUUCCUGCAACUUUAAAUAAAAAAUUUCUAAUAUUAAAAUAACAAUUUGACAUGCGGAUGAAACUGGAGUAAAGAAAGAAGUGAUCCUAUCAGGUGGGUUGCAAUUUCAGCGAUUGCAAAAAAAGAAGCCCGAAAAAUGGAGGCUUUGACGGACAUUUGCCUGGCUCCCGACAUGUGGCAUCGUAGCUCUCGCGGUUGUAGAGGAAUGUUAUGCAAGUUAAUAAAGUUACAUGUAUAAAUAAACCUUAGUUUCUAUAAAGUAUAUGUUUGACGGACACUACGUAAUUUUUGAUCAUUUACGAUAUGUUGGACUGGUUUCACCCCGACAAGCUUUGCUACUAAACAUUAACUGCCCAGAUGUCGUUUAGAACGCUAAACUUCCUGAUCUUUUUCAAAGUUAACAAAUAAAAUGUGUGCAG